AUGGCCGUACAAGAGCAAGUUCCAACGUACAACUUCCCCUUCACUCUCCAGCAACUCGUGGUGCUCAAGGCGUACGCAGUCUCGCAGAGCCCAGAGGAAGCUGCUGCAACCCUGGGAAUGUCAAAAUCGAACGUGUCUUUGACAUUGAAGAAUUUGGAGAGGAGCCUCGGCCUUGAGUUGCUCAACUCCCAGGGGCCGAGAGGAGAGCUGACACCAGCGGGACACCUGCUACUGCGCUACACAGAGCGCCUUCUGGCGCUCGCAGCAGAUGCGAUGAGGGCGACGCGCGACCUGCAGGAACUCCGCACAGGCAGCAUCUAUGUCGCCGCCUCCCAGACCACUGGAGUGUAUCUAAUGCCUCGCCUCAUAGAGCGGUACAAGAGGCGGCACCCGGACGUGCUGGUGCACCUGCAGGUGGAGAACACGCGGCGCUGCUGCGCGGCCAUAGCGCGCGGCGAGGUCAACAUCGGCAUCGUGGGUGGCGAGAUCCCCCGAGAGCUGGAGCAUCUGCUGCAGGUGCGGCCCUACCAGGAGGACGAGGUGGUGCUGAUAGUGGGCAGGGACCAUGCCCUGGCGGGCUGUGAGGAGGUGGACCGGGACGUGCUGGCCAGCCUUAAGUUUGUGUCGCUGCACCGAAGCUCCACCGUGCAGGGCAUCAAGGCCUCCCUGGAGCAGCAUGGCAUCGACUGGAAGACACUGCGCACCGUCAUGGAGGUGAACUCGGUGGAGGCAAUCAAGAGCUCGGUGGAGGCGAACCUGGGCGUCGCGUUUGUAUCGGCUGCGGCGAUAGAGAAGGAGGUGGAGCUGGGGCGGCUGCACGCGGUGCGCAUCACCGGCCUGCGGCUGUCGCGCACGCUGCUGUGCGUCACAGACCCGGCUCGGUACUGCAGCAAGGCCGCGCGCGCGCUCAUCCGCGAGCUGUUCGGCCUGGAAGUGCAGCUCGCGCCGCAGGGCUGCUUCCUGCCAGACCCCCUCCUGCGGCAGGUCCGUCGCCCCUUUGCAUGCAUCGGCUAUAUUGUCAAUUUCAUGUUAUGGUAA